AUGAAUUGGGAGAGAAUAUGGAAAUUCACAUUGGAUAUGAAUGGAAGCCAUAUUUUUGUAGCGAACGCAAGAGGUUAUGGCACAAAACCACAGAUUAUUGCAAAAAAAAUCACUAUGCAGAAAAAAUGGGAGACCAAGAAAGAAACAAAACAAGUCAGUAAGGAAGAAGAGGAAAACAAAGAGGGCUUUCAAGUUGUUACUAGAGGAUCUAGACCUAAAAUAAGGGAGAGAGUUCAAGGUACAACUACUAAUAACCCUUUUCAUGUUUUGAAUAAUAGAGAAGAAGGAGAAUGUUCAAAAGAUGUUGAAAAUAUGGAUAACACAAUGGGGGAGGGAGCACCCCCUCACUCUAAUGGAUAG